CUUAUAAUGGGUCUAGAUAUUCUGGCUACGAAGAUUUGGCCGACGAGGAAGACGAAGACGAUGAAGAAGAAGACGGUACUUACGCCGACGAAGACUACACAAAGAAGAAAUCUGCGCCCAAGAAAAAAAACGCCAGUCCGUCAGGCUUCCGCCUCAGACUCAGAUUCUGACUAUGGAUCUCGUUCCAAGAAAAAAAAACGGGCGCGGCCUCAAUCUGACGAACUUCGCGUCUCCAGUAGGGGAGGCAAGAUACCCAACUACUUCGAUGACGUUCAGGAUUUCGAGAAGUUUGACGAAGAAGAAGAACCUGAUACAGGGUACUACGCAGGGCCUGUACAACAGUAUCAAGAAGAGGACGAGAUAGAGGCUGUUCUUAGCCACAGUCGCGACGAAGGUCGUGAGGCCGACCCAGAAGACGUCUGGUUUGAUAAUAUACGAUUCCACAUAAAGUGGAAAAACUUUUCACACCUCCACAACACCGACGAGACAUAUGAGUUCCUGAAACGCUUUAAAGGGUUGAAACGCGUUGACAACUACAUCAAAGCCUACAAACUGUGGCAAUCUCAUGUAAACGCCCCCAAUCUGUCGCAGGAAGACAAAGAGGCGCUUCUCCUCGACAAGGAACGCGAAAAGGAAGAUUUGGAAACAUUCAAGACUGUUGAACGUAUCGUCGCCCAUCGGGAAUCAGAAGACCAAGACGGCAAUCCUACAGUAGAUUACUUUUGCAAAUGGACUGGGCUCAACUACGAGCACUGUACAUGGGAAACACAGAAAGAUGUCAAUCCUAUCGCCAAAGAUCAAAUCGAAGCAUACAGAACUCGGGAAGCAGAGGGCCGCUUUCCUUACAAGAGUCCCGUUUACCCCAAACAUUCACGACCGGCGUUCCACAAGAUUACCGAGGAUCCAGAUUACAUCGUUGAGACCGGCUGCAAGCUGAAGGACUUCCAGUUAACUGGAGUUAACUGGCUCGCUUACUUAUGGUGCAAGGGCGAGAAUGGCAUCUUAGCAGAUGAGAUGGGUCUUGGAAAGACCGUUCAAUCAAUCUCUUUCAUAUCAUUCCUAUUCCAUGAAAUGCAUCAGUAUGGACCUUUCUUGGUGAUCGUACCUCUAUCCACUAUCACUGCUUGGCAGGCGCAGUUCGGGUUAUGGGCACCCGACAUUAAUGUCAUUACUUACAUUGGAACCGCUGCAGCUCGAGAGGUUAUCCGCACAUAUGAAUUCGGCCCUUCGAACAAGAAAAUCAAAAUGAACGUGCUAUUGACCACAUAUGAAUUGGUUUUGCGGGAUGCGAAGGAACUGGGAGAUAUCAAAUGGCAAGUCCUGGCGGUGGACGAGGCUCAUCGUUUGAAAAACUCCGAGAGUCAGUUGUACGAAGCUUUGCGAUCGUUCAACGCUGCUUCUAAGCUUCUCAUCACGGGAACUCCGCUUCAGAAUAACGUCAAAGAGUUGCUGUCUCUGAUGCACUUUUUGAUGCCGGAGAAAUUUGCUUUGACGAACGAGUUCGAUCUCAAUGACGAUGAUCACGAAGAAAAAAUCAGGCAGCUUCAUAAGCAACUCGAAUCUUUGAUGUUGAGGCGACUCAAGCGGGACGUGUUGAAGUCUCUGCCCACGAAGAGCGAACGAAUUCUCCGGGUAGAAAUGAGUACCCUCCAGACUCAUUUCUAUAAGAAUAUCUUGACAAAGAAUUUUCAAGGCUUGGUCAAAAGUGCAAAUGGAAACAACACUAUCAGUCUUCUCAAUAUUGCUAUGGAGCUCAAGAAGGCUGCAAAUCAUCCUUACCUUUUUGACGGCGCCGAACCCACUGCGGAAAACAACGAGGAAAUCCUGAAGGGUCUUGUCAUGAACAGCGGCAAGAUGGUACUUCUCGAUAAACUGCUUGCUCGUUUGAAAGAGGGUGGUCAUCGAGUGCUCAUAUUCAGUCAAAUGGUUCGCAUGUUGGACAUCCUCAGCGACUACAUGUCCCUGCGGGGAUACCUCCAUCAGCGUUUGGAUGGCAUGGUUGCAUCAGAAGCCCGAAAAAAAUCAAUACUCCAUUUCAACGCCCCCAAUUCUCCGGAUUUCGCUUUUCUCCUAUCAACGAGAGCGGGAGGACUCGGGAUCAACCUGGAAACAGCAGAUACAGUGAUCAUCUUUGAUAGCGAUUGGAAUCCGCAGAAUGACUUGCAAGCGAUGGCCCGUGCCCACCGGAUUGGCCAGAAGUCGCACGUCAGUGUCUAUCGCUUUGUGAGCAAAGAUACUAUGGAGGAGGAUGUGCUCGAGCGUGCGAAGAAGAAGAUGGUCCUUGAAUAUGCUAUCAUCAAUCAGAUGGACACCUCGCAAGCGCACCUGAGCUCCAAAGCUAAAGAACCUACAAAGGCCGAGAAUCUUAGCAAGGAUGAACUCACUGCCGUCUUGAAGUAUGGUGCUCAGAAAAUGUUCGAUAAGGACGAUUCGCAGCAAACCCAAAAGCUCGACGAAAUGGACCUCGACGCUGUCUUGGCUCAUGCCGAAGAUCAUGAAACCAUGGCUGCCGGUGGCGAUGGAGGUACUUCCCUCGGAGGCGAAGGUUUCUUAGCCCAGUUUGCCGCUGUCAGUGAUGUCAAGAACGACAUGAAUUGGGAGGAUAUCAUUCCCUUGGAAGAAAGACAGAAGUUUGACAAAGAGGAGGACCAGCGGAAGGCAGAGGAGCUGGCUGCUGAGGAGUCUAGAGAUCGUAAGCGCACUCAUGCGCAGGUAUCUUACGAAGGAAUGGACGUCGACCACCCUGCAGCAGCAGCUGCUCCGAAGAAGCCAAAAGUACCUGGACCAAUGAGAAAAUCUGCCAGUCAAAAGGCAAUGGAGUUGAAGGAACGUGAUGUUCGCGUGUUGAUUCGAAGUCUUCAGCGAUGGGGAGAUAUACGACUACGCUACGAUAUCAUCGUCACAGAGUCAAAACUGCAAGACAAAAACAAGGGCAUGAUUCUUGACGUUUCGGACGAAAUAAUUCAAAUUUGCGAGGACGCGGUCAAAGAAAAUGAGGACCAGAAGCGAUCGAAAAUGGCAUCUGGAGAGAGUUUGACUAACGCACAAAAGGCUAAGGCAGUCCUCGUUACUUGCCGCGGGGUUGGGAACAUUAAUGCCGAAACGGUUAUUUCCCGCCAUAAAGAUCUUCGGAUACUUUUUGAAACCCUCAUGAAUGUUGAUGAUCCAUACAAAUGGCAGAUACCAGUUGACAAUAUUCGUCCGACCCUGAACUGGUCUGGACGAUGGGGGCCACAAGAUGAUUCCAUGUUACUCGUAGGCGCUUUCAUUUACGGCUUUGGUAAUUGGGAGGCGAUGGCCAAAGAUUCCAAACUAAACCUGGACGGAAAAUUCUUCUUGGAGGAAGGAAAGAAAGGAGAAGAUGCUGCUACGCGCCCGAUCCCCAAUGCGAUACAUCUUGUCCGACGUGGGGACUACCUUCUGAGUCUCCUUCGUGAGCAGCACGAGAGAUUACGCUCAUAUGAAAACUCGCUUCGCAAAAAUAGCAAAAUAUCCAUAUCUCCACCUCCCCUUCCUAUUGCCUCGUCCUCUUCGACUUCGUCUCACAUCAACCAUCUCAAACGUCGUGCGGAAAGCGAGGCAGUAGCCUCUGUUGAUGACACUAGUGCCCGCAAGAGAAAGCGACGUCCUACACCAACUUUCACUGACUCUGAAUCUUCUGACGAAUGUCCUUCCAUGGACGAAGCUUCCACCAAAGAGGAACUCCGUCCGGUGAAAAAGCAACUUAAACAAUUGAAAUUGUCCGGAGAGGACAUGCCCAAAGACGAGAAGGUGGCAAUCCUCAAAGAUUCUCUUGCAGCCAUCGGUGGUCGAAUCGAGCAGGUCCUUAACGCUAAGCAGCAAGCAGGAGAAGACCGAGAACGAUGGCGGCGGCAUUUAUGGACAUUCGUGACUCUUUUCUGGCCGAAGAAAGUCAAAGCUUCCAAGCUCGAAGAAAUCCACGCAAAGAUGGUGAUGAAGGAGGCUGCCCCGAGGGCUGGUUCAGAUCCAAAGGCCUUGCAAAAGCCACGGACAAUUACCACAACUCUGAAGACGAACGGCUCGGGCUCUUCAUCCUCAAGGACCAACGGAAAACCUUAUCGAUAGUGCAUACCCUGGAGAUUCUCUAAUCCAUAUACGAAUUAAUUCACUUGUAUCAUUGCCUUGGUUUUCUUUUUUUCUUUAUUCUUCAUUUGUCUUCACGUCUGCAAU